GAAGGAGCUAGAUGCUGUUUAUCGUAACUUCUUAGAGAAGUGUGGUAGUAUGAAGUUAAAUCACUAUUCUGGUUUUUAUAAUGUGAUUUCAGUUCCAAUCAUUCAGAGGGGAAAAAGCUGCAAUAAACUGUGCUACGAUGAGAAGUGCUUUAUUUCAGAGCCUUCUCUUGAUUACAGCUGGAAUGUCCUUAACUUGCAGCCCCAUCUCUAAUCCUAUGGCUGACAGCACUACCCAACUUGCAGUGGAGCUAUACCAAGUUCUUCAUUGUUCUCCUAAAAAGGAGAACAUCAUACACUCACCACUUGGUGUUGCUUUACUUCUUGGAACGGUGCAGUUGGGGGCAAAGGGAAAAGCACUUAAGGAGAUAAGACAAGCUUUGAAACUGCAAGGAAAUAAAGAUGGUGAAGAAUUCUCUCUGCUCCAGACACUUUUCUCUGUCACCACAGAAAAGAAAGAAUUUACAUUUAAUCUUGCCAAUGCCCUCUACCUUCAAGAAGGAUUCAUUGUAAAAGAACAGUAUCUCCAUAGCAACAAGAAAUUUUUUCAGACUGCUAUAAAACUGGUGAAUUUCCAAGACACACAAGCUUGCACAGAGGCCAUAAGAACCUGGGUAGAAAACAAAACAGAUGGCAAAAUAAAAAAUAUUGUUUCAAGUGAAGAAUUUGGUCCCCUUACUAGGCUUAUUCUGGUGAACGCUAUUUACUUCAAAGGAGACUGGACACAGAAGUUCAGACCAGAAGCUACCCAGGAGAUGGAUUUUACUAAGAGAGAUGGUUCUGUAACUAAAAUACCAAUGAUGCAUCUUCAGCUGAGAACAAAGUUUGGUUAUUUUUCUGACAAUAAUGUGAGCUACCAGGUGUUGGAAUUACCUUACAAAGGGAAGGAGUUCAGCUUAGUUUUAACACUUCCUUCAGAAGAUGUAACUAUAGAAGAAGUAGAAAACCUAAUUACAGCUCAGCUGAUAAAAAACUGGUUUGCUGAAACACAAGAGGAAGACGUAGAAAUAAGCCUCCCUAGGUUUAAAAUAGAACAGACAGUGAACUUACAAGAAACGCUGCGCUCCCUCAAUGUAACAGAGAUAUUUAGUGGCGGCUGUGACCUUUCUGGAAUAACAGAAUCAUCUGACAUACACAUUUCUAAAGCCAUCCAAAAAGUUUGUAUUGAGGUAAAUGAAGAUGGCAGUGAAGCGGCAGCAUCCUCAAGCACGCAGAUGGCAGCGAUCAUGAGCAUGUCACAUAACCAGUUUGUGGCUAACCGCCCAUUCCUAUUUAUCCUGAAACAUAAUCCAACAGGUUCAAUUGUGUUUAUGGGAAGGCUGGCAAAUCCUGACAUUCAGAACACAAGGAGAAGAGAUAUGGAGUCACUAUAAUCAUAACAAAGGCAGAAAAAAUGUAAUGUUCUAAAAUUAAAGUCUGAUCAUUAUUGCAGCCAAACUUGCUGUUUUUCCUUUUCAUUCUUUCAAUGCUAGAGCAUGAAGAAGUUUGAAAUUUCAGAAUAAAAAUGUUAUUUGCUUAGUAGCUGAUUUUCUGACUUCACAAAGACAGAAUGAUUUUGUGUUCCUUGUAGAG